UCUCAUUGCGCGGAUAUACGCAGUCGCUCGGGGCCAACCGUCACCUCCGCCCUUGACUCCAUUAUCACCGCAUUACCCUCCGGCUCCCCAGCCGCAGUCUUCGCAUGCAUUACCACAAUACCGGACAACAGUUCCUCUUCCUCCCCCAAGUCCUAUGGGUACGUUGGUGUCGAUCCCUUUAUAACAAGAGCCUGGCUGAUGGAGUUAUAUAGGCCGCUUGACCUUCAAGAAAAGCCCGUUUUAUACCAUUCUAGAACCUUUGACUUCGCUCGAGAUUCCUCUCGAGAUACAGUUUGCUUGAGAGUUGUUCUCACCUCUGAAACUGCCUCACGGCUUUUAUCAAAUCCAAACCUCCGGAUCAUGGUUUAUGGUGCUGCAGAUAAUGGCCUUACGCAUUAUUCUCCGAGUGACAUUGCUUUCCCACAUCAAGUGGAACUCAAAGUCAAUCAUGACGACGUCAAAGCAAACCUACGCGGUCUAAAAAACAAGCCAGGUACAACCAGACCCGCUGAUAUAACGAACUUCAUCCGGAAGAAAGUAGGCUAUGUGAACACUGUGACGAUGACAUACGCUCUGACCCAGAAGGUUGUCCCCCACUCUUCCAUGCAAAUCGCAGUCAAACAGCUAACAUAA